CGCCGUACCAGCACUGGUCGUACCAACGCUGAAAAACGAAACUAACUCCGGUGUCUCCGGCGCUUGGAAACGCUGUUACGUUGUCCCUGGUCGUCUGCGGCGGUGUUUUCAUUGGGCACUUUGGUGACUAUUGCUGCUUUACCUACUAUAGAAACAUUAGUUGAAGUGAAAAGUUGUGCCUUCAUCGCAAAUGGCGUCGCUGGAUGUGGACGCCAUGCCGACAUGGAUGUCUGGGAGCGACUUGGACAGCGCUGCUUCUUUCGAUGUCUACACCGCGGCAAGUUCUGGCGGCGUGUCGCGUCUGCGAGAGCUCUUGAACCAAACGAGGAGUGAUGCGGAUGCGCAGAAUCGUGGUGGCUGGACACCCCUGAUGUACGCUGCCUGCUCUGGCCAGAAGGCAGCCCUGCAGCUGCUACUGGAGGAGGGUGCUAGUGUGAAUCUGCGCGGCGGCAGGCACGGACGCACAGCCACCAUAGUUGCAGCCAUGUAUGGACACCAACAGUGCAUUGCUCUUCUUCACCAGCACGGUGCUGACCUUGAGCUGAGGGACCACGAAGACCGCACGGCUCUGUUCCAUGCUGCUGCCUUAGGCCACGUUGCGGUGGUGCAACUUCUAGUCGACCUUGGAGCCAACAUCAACUGCGUAGAGCACUUCAGUGGGCACAGUCCUUUGAGCAUAGCCACAGACCAGAACCAUGACAGUGUGGUGGAGAUCCUUCUGAAUGCCGGCUCAAGGUUCUCACAAGCAACAACGAAUGGGAACACUUUACACCCUGCCCGACAGACCAAUAUUCCCAUAACAUCACCAUGUGGUCGAGCCAGGAGGUCCCCUGAAUUAGAGAGUCUGGUUCGUCGUUGUGCCAAUUUAACGGUGGAAGGAACAUCGCCACGUCCUAUUGCAGGUCUGAGCCUGCCUCCCAAGUCGGCUGUUCGCAACCUUGCCGACUUCCUUGGUCACCUGAGCCUGUCCAAGUAUGUGCCAAUGUUGGAGGCACAGGGCAUUGACCUUGACCAGUUCCUUACAUUUGGGGAUACCCAACUUGAGCAGGCAGGCAUUCGCCUUGUUGGCCCCAAAAGGAAAAUGGCCAUUGCAAUUUCGUGCUGGAACGAACGAGAACGCUACCAAGCGGAACACAAAGGAACAGCACAGAAUCCAUUGCAGUGACUCAUCUCUACUGCAAUGUCAUUUCGGAGUCCUUGCUUUGUUGUCCAAUUUUAAAGUGCCUUGCCAAAAAAUUUGGCUGUUCACUGUAAGUUAUCUGGGGAGCACUAUCUAGAUGUCUGCUGCUAAAAUUUUUCGGAAGUGCUCUGUAGUAGUAGAGACAUACGGGAAUUAAAUGGUGUGAAACGAUGGUGCAUGAAGGUGAGCUACCUUCACUAGAGCAUAGGUUCUCCAACACUGUCUCGACCGAUGUCUGCAAGUGAUGAUCUUUUUCUUUUUUCCAUAAUAAAGA